UAUUGUUUAGAUUUCUUUGUGUAAAUUAAUAACUUCAGCACUUGUGAGUGAGAGAGAAUGGUUUUCAGGGUUCACAAGAGAACACUCAUGUACAGAAACCUACCACUGCUACGUUCAAUCACUUACUCUCGUUCGCAUAGGAACACUUCAAUAGUAUUGGAUGCAACUGAUUAUAUAAAGCAAAAACUGGAAGAAUUGAACAAGUUACCAAUUCCAACACCACUCAAAAUUGUUGACUAUGAUCCAAUGCCUAAGCUUAAAGUUGUGGCACAAGAAGAGGGAUUUGUAAUCAAGGUGCUUAGUGAAAGGAGUUGUCAAGGAUUGUUGGUGUUCAUAUUGGAAGCCUUUGAAGAGUUGGGUCUUGAAGUGCUCCAAGCUAGGGUUUCUUGUGUUGAUAAUUUUUGUCUAGAAGCUGUUGGGAACAGAGUAAUUGCUAAUUAUGAGAACAAUCAAGAUACUCGAAAAUUGGAUGCACAAUUAGUUGAACAAGUUGUGUUUCAAGCUAUUCAAAACUGGAGGAAAGUUACACAGAAAUAUUAAUUAAUGAUCCAACAACUCUUGUUGUACUAUCUGAUUAUCACAAAAACUAUGCUCAUCAUGAGUUUUCUUCUUGUUAGAUGUUUUGUACUUUACUUGGACGAGUAGUUUGUUUCUGAUGAAAAUAUUGAAUAUCAAAUUAAUACUUGGUAUGUGAGGGAUUUUUGUAA